AGUUAUACCUAGGUGAAAAAAAAAUAUGUUUUUUUUUUAAAUUGCCAAUGCUAAAUAUUUAUUUAAUAUGUAUUUUGAACUUAAUAAUUUGUAGUUUACUUGAUCAAACUAAUUUAACUAUUGUCUUAAACAAUAAAUAUUGUCUCGUGUUGUUUUGUUUUUUACUAUAUUAUUUUAAGUAAUUAUAAUUUUUUUAUUGAAUGCAUUUUUUUAAGAAAGAGAAAAAGUAGUAAACUUCCUACUACAAAUCUAAUUUCCCCAUUUUUUUAUGGUUAUUCCACGAAUAAGCCCAAUACAAUAAACAUUUAAUUAUAAUUUUUAAUGUUAAUUUCAUAUUUUGAUUAUACACUAAUAUGUUGACCUUUGAAAUAAGUUAUUCAUAUAAAUGGACUAUGUAUUUUUGUAAAUAAAAUUUGAUAUAUGUUAUUCAUAUAGAAAAAUAUUAAAUUCUGAAAUUAGUUAUUAUAUACUCCUUCCGUAGAUAAAUUAUUAAUGAUCACUAAUACACUUGUUUUAAAAAAUAAAACAUCAAAUAAAAUGUAAAAAUGUGAAUGGUGAAACUUUAUUGGUAAAAGUGUAAAACAAAAAAAAAUGAUAAAUAAAAUAAAUUAUUAUUAUUUUAAAUAUGUGUGAAGAUGUUAGAACAUCAAUUUUUAUAUACAGAUGAAGUAUAUAGUAUAAAUGGAUUACUAUUUUGAUAAGAUUGAUAUGCAUAUUAAUUUUAAUAAUAAAUUGAUUUUAUUUUAAUUUUAUUCAUUAAAAAUAAAUUAAAUAUGUUCUUUAAAUCAAUGUCAUCUUUAAGAAAGAGACAUAUUUAUUAUCAACUUGUUAUUUUUCUCUCUUUUAGAAAGAUUCCAAAGUGCCUAGAAAAUGAACGAAAAACGGUUACAUGCGAUUUCAAAGGCGAUUCGGUUACUUUUUGGGGUUCUGACGUCUUUCCGACUACUGCUCGCCGAUCUGGCGACCAUCUUCUAUAUUCUCGGAAGUGGGGAAUCUUGGAACUAUACACGAACCCAUUUCCUGACGGUUAUCCCCACGAUCUGGUGGCAAAAUUGUGAUGAAAUUUCAAUUCAACUCCUACAGAACAGAGCCUAUUUAAAGGAAUUCGGGGCUCUCCUGUGGCUUCACAACAUCUUCUUACUAAUACCUUCUAUUGUAUCUACAAAAGUAAUGGCAGAAAAUAUUCGUAGAGGAAUGCAAAACAUCAAUUUGGGCGCUGAAGAUCCGCCGGUUCAGUUACCAGCGAACGUCGUCAAUGAAGCAGCGGCCGGUAACCGGUUUGUCUUAAUUGGCAGACCAACGAUCCCUAGGAGACAGAACAUCCGCUCAAUCAUUGCAACUCUGCCUCGUAACUGGGGCCAUGUUGGUGUCUAUGGAAGAUUGGUUGAAGGACGCCGAUUCCAAUUUGUUUUCCCGUCGGAGGAGGCUCUUGAAAUGGUAUUACGGCGUGGACCUUGGGCGUUUGCAGACCGUAUGCUCAUCCUGGAACGUUGGACUCCAAAUUUCAACCCCCUGAUGCUCAAUUUCAUUCCUUUUUGGAUCCAGAUCCGAGGAAUUCCUUUCCAGUUCAUGAGCCAAGAUGUGGUGAUACAUAUUGGGCGGGCUUUGGGAAUGUACAUAGAGGUUGACUAUAAUGCUGAUGCUGCGGCUCGAAGGGACUACGCUCGGGUGAGAGUGAACUGGGAUGUUGAUGAACCUCUUCGGUUUCAAAGACAAUUUCAGUUUACGGCAGGUAUUAAUACACUGCUGCGUCUCACCUAUGAGCGCUUACGGGGUUUCUGUGAAAUUUGUGGGAGUUUAACCCAUGAUUCUGGCGCUUGUUUGAUCCAAAACGGAGGGAUUCCUCAAGAUGGGGGAGAUGAUGACAGUGAGGGCGAUAAUGAUGAGGAUCAGCCGGCUGUAAAUCAUGGGGUUAUUAUUGAAGAGGUGAAUGAAGAUGAAAGGAAUGAAGCGGUGGAUGUAGAGCAAGAGGGGAUUGGAAAUGUUCAAGAGGAGCAAGUGGAAGGCCGUGAAGAUCUGAUAGAGGAAGCUGAAGAAGAAGAUGACCUAUGGAAUGGUCAUACUCUGCCUAAUCUGUACUCUGAUGAGCUCAACACCGAGGAAAUGUUCAACCCAAUCAACCCGUUUGUUGAUGGAUACGAUGGAAGGGAGGGUCUAAAGAGGAAAGCUUGGAUGGCUGAGGCAGAUCACAACAAAAGCAAAUUCUCCUCUGUUGAGCAAGGAGAGUCUAGUGGUGCAAGAAGUGUGAAGCGCAAGACAAGAGGAGAUGUGACAUUGGAAGAGACUACCUUUUCGGCUGCUACAGAGGAUGAAGCUGACACUACAGUGGGAGGCGCGGUGGGCCCUGAACCACCACUGCCGCCAUGAGG